CCAUGAGCACCUUCGGCUACGAGACGUACUUCCCGUCGUACAAGCGGCGCUUCGUGGAGAGCUCCCGGGUGCAGCUGUCCGGCUCGGCCCGCAGCAGCAGCGGCGGCGGCGGCGGCUACGGGGCGGCGCGCUCCAGCUACUCCAGCCUGUCGGCGCCGGCGGGGCCGUCGGUGCGGCGGAGCUACGCGUCGUCGUCGUCGUCGUCGCUGCUGCUGCAGUCGGUGGACAGCCUGGACCUGAGCCAGGUGGCGGCCAUCAGCAACGACCUGAAGGCCAUCCGCAGCCAGGAGAAGGCGCAGCUGCAGGACCUCAACGACCGCUUCGCCUGCUUCAUCGAGCGCGUCCACGAGCUGGAGCAGCAGAACAAGGUGCUGGAGGCCGAGCUGCUGGUGCUGCGCCAGAAGCACGCCGAGCCGUCGCGCUUCCGCGCCCUCUACGAGCAGGAGAUCCGCGAGCUGCGCCUGGCCACCGAGGAGGCCACCCACGAGAAGCAGGCCCUGCAGGGCGAGCGCGAGGGCCUGGAGGAGACGCUGCGGGCCCUGCAGGCGCGCUACGAGGAGGAGAUCCUGGGCCGCGAGGACGCCGAGGGGCGGCUGCUGGAGGCGCGCAAGGGCGCCGACGAGGCGGCCCUGGCCCGCGCCGAGCUGGAGAAGCGCAUCGACAGCCUCCUCGACGAGCUGGCCUUCCUCAAGAAGGUGCACGAGGAGGAGCUGGCCGAGCUGCAGGCCCAGAUCCAGUACGCCCACCUCUCCGUCGAGAUGGAGGUGUCGGCCAAGCCCGACCUCUCCUCGGCCCUGCGCGACAUCCGCGCCCAGUACGAGAAGCUGGCGGCGCGCAACAUGCAGAACGCCGAGGAGUGGUUCCGCAGCCGCUUCACCGUCCUCACCGAGAGCGCCGCCAAGAACACCGACGCCGUCCGCGCCGCCAAGGACGAGGUGUCCGAGAGCCGCCGCCUCCUCAAGGCCAAGACCCUGGAGAUCGAGGCCACCCGCGGCAUGAACGAGGCCCUCGAGAAGCAGCUGCAGGAGCUCGAGGAGAGGCAGAACGCCGACCUCAACGCCCUCCAGGACACUGUUAAUAAGCUAGAAAAUGAAUUGAGAACCACGAAGAGUGAAAUGGCUAGAUAUCUGAAGGAAUAUCAGGAUCUUCUGAAUGUGAAGAUGGCUCUGGACAUUGAAAUUGCAGCAUACAGAAAAUUACUGGAAGGUGAAGAGACCCGGCUCAGUUUCACCAGUGUUGGAAGCAUCAGCAGCGGCUACACGCAAAGCGCUGGAACCUUUGGAAGAUCAGCCUAUAGCGGUUUACAGAGCAGUUCUUACCUGAUGUCCACCCGCAGCUUCCCUGCCUAUUACUCCAGCCACGUUCAAGAAGAACAGAUAGAGGUUGAGGAGACCAUUGAAGCAUCUAAGAUAGAAGAGGCCAAGGAAUCACCCCCAUCAGAAGGAGAAGGUGAAGAAGAGGAAGGAGGAGGAGAAGAAGAAGAAGAAGGAGAGGGAGAAGGAGAGGAAGACGCGGCAGAAAUGAUGGUCCUGUAA